AUGGUGUUCUCAGAAGGAGAAAAACAUUUAAAAUUAUCAAGUGGUAGAAUUGAUUUAUUCCAAAAGGAGUCAUUAUAUUUAGAUCAUCGACCUUGUAUAUUACAUUCUAACACUAACACAGAAAAAAUGAUAAGAAAACAUAAUUUAUAUGGUGGUAAGGAUACUCAUUCGAAUAUCCAUCACGAGUGUCCCUCAUUAUUUACAUCUAAAGCUUAUUCGAAUGUAAGCAGUUCGAUACUGUCUUACAUUGUCGGAGGAUUUGUUGGAAGUAAGAGUCAAAUGAAUAACAACAAAAAACAUAAUAUGUCAUAUGAUCUUAGUGCAGUGAUAUCAAACCUAUUAAAUCCAUGGAAAUUUGAACAUGAAAAUACCUCAUUUAAAAAAAAUUGCGAUAAUUUGUACGGUGUUCAAAAAAUUCAUACCGAGACUUAUGAUAAAUAUACUAUAAAUAAUAAAGUCGAUCAACGAGAUGAAAAAGAAAAUAACUUGUUGGUUAACAUGAUGAAUAUAGGAUGUUUAAUUUCUAUCCCUGUUAAAAACUUAGAAAAUAAUUGUGAUAGUACAUUUAAAAGUGAAAAUUUUCAAAUGAAAAAUAAUAGAAUGAAUAAUUUUCAAGUACUCAAAACGAAUAACACUCGUUGUUCUACUGAUAAUAAUAAAUUAUCAUCUACCAAUAUAAAUAGUAAUAAUGUAUUAUUAACAAAUGGUGUCGAAACGAAUAGCGAAAAUAUUAUUAAACCUGAAAUCAAUGGCGAUUGUUUUGUAACAAAUGAUAACCUCAUGAAAACUACAAAUGAAAAUGUAUCAGAUAAAUUGAAUAUAAGUGAAUUUGAUAAAUUACACGAUAACAACACUACAUUAAAUGGCCUUAUUAGCGAAAGUAUAAUUAGAAAUAAUGUCGAUGAAAAUAAAAAACAUUUGGAAAAAUUUUUAACAAAUGAAAGGUUAAGAAUGCAAUCGGAAUGUUCAGUUGAAAGUACAGAUAGUGAAAGUUUUAUAGUAUUCGAUGAUAGUUUAAAUGAUGGAACUUUAAAUAAUAAUGAUUAUUUUGUGUGCAAGCCUGAUGAUUAUUUCGAUAGCGAGAAUAGCAGCAGUACUGAUGAUGAUGAUGAUGAUAGCAGUGAUGAUAGUGAUGAUGAUUUCGUUUAUGAUGAUGACAGCGAGGAAAAUGGGAGUGCUGAUGAAUAUGAUUUUUGCUCUGUGAAUAUCAAUGUGAUAAAAGCUAAUGAAAAAUGGUCUAAACAUUAUGAUGAAGUUGAUGAUGUAAAAAGUAAAAGUUCAAAGAAGGUGAAAUUCAAUAAUAACGUGAAGGUAAAUAAAAUAAUAGCCUGGGACCACGCGUAUAGAAAUGCCAGAUUAGGACCUUGGGAACAAAUGGCUCGUGACAGAGUUCGAUUUCACGAGAGAAUAUCCCGAUUAUCCGACGUCAUAUCCCCGAUAUUAGGAGAUAAACACAGGAGGAAAAUAUCGGAAAAUUUAAAUAUUAAUACGAUAGGAUCCGUGGAAAAUUAA